UUUACCACAUAAAUCGCGUUUCCACUUCCAACCAAAAAAAAAAAAAGAGGGAAGAAGAAAAAGAAGGUGAUGAAUAAAUAACCAAACUUAAUGUUCUCCCAUCUUGGUUCCCCUUCAACUUCAUCAUAUUUAACCCUACCUUGCAUGCUUCGGCAACGCAUCACCGAAAACAACGUAGUUGCAAUAAUGUUAAAUCACAUUCUUGUCCUACUCUUCAUCUCCCUUUGCUCCCUCCCUCUCACGGCGAGCUUCUCGAGCAACGACACCGAUCACGAGGCCCUCCUCGCGUUCAAGACGGCGACCAACGACCCUUCAAGCUCCCUGAGCUCAUGGAACUCAUCCCUCCCCUUCUGCAGAUGGCGCGGCAUCACUUGCAGCACCACGCGCCGGCGAGUCACCGGACUUAACCUGGCCAACCUCACCCUCUCCGGCUCCAUCUCCCCCCACGUCGGAAACCUCAGCUUCCUCAGAUUCUUGAACCUCAACAACAACUCCUACGCCGGCAGCCUCCCCCCCGAGCUCGGCCGCCUCACCAGAAUCCAACACAUCUCACUCAGCAACAACUUGUUUGAGGGCGAGCUCCCUGCCAGCCUAUCAAACUGCAGCAAUCUCCUCUCCCUCGUAGUCUCCUACAACAGAUUAGGCGGCGCGCUGCCAUUGGAGCUCGGCUCCCUCUCCAGGCUCGAGCUGCUCGCGAUCAGCAGGAACGCCUUCAGUGGCUCCAUCCCUACCACUCUAGGCAACCUGUCUUCCCUCGUGAGGCUAUACUGCGGCUCAAACGGUCUUGCAGGCGGCCUCCCCGCCUCUUUGGGCCGCCUCUCGAGGCUGCAGCUUCUUGCAUUUGGAGAGAACAUGAUCGCAGGGCUGAUCCCACCCUCAGUUUUCAACCUCUCCAAGAUUACAGUCUUUGAUCUUGCAGCCAACCAGAUCAGGGGCUCUCUGCCUUCCAACUUAGGCAUUGUUUUCCCCAAUCUUGAGUUCUUCAGCGUGGGUAUAAACAUGCUACAAGGCUCGAUCCCGCCCUCGUUCUCAAACGCUACGAGCUUGGGAUACAUACAUGUUGGAUACAAUCAGUUCACAGGGGAGGUGCCUAGCUUCAUGAAGCUGAAUAAGCUCACGUUGUUGGGAAUCUUUUGGGGAGGGGAGGAGCAGAGGAUUUGA